GGCUGACGGCGGGGGAGGAGCCGGGUCCGCUGCCGGGUGGUUGGGCCGGGCGAGUGUCCUUAUCCCAGCGUUCGGGGCUCGGGCCUGUAAGCCUUUUGGAGUAGCAGCGGCGAGAACGAUUGGGUCGAACCGGGAAGGCAUGUUGCUCUUCGUGGAGCAGGUAACAUCUAAAGGAACUGGUUUAAAUCCUAAUGCCAAAGUGUGGCAAGAAAUUCCUCUUGGAAAUACUGAUGUCACGCCAGUAACUCAUGGAACUGAAAGCUCUUGGCAUGAAACAGCAGCAACAUCAGGGUCUCAUCCUGAGGGUAAUACAGAGCUUUCAGAUGAUAUGUGUAAGGAAUAUGAAGUAAUGUAUUCAUCUUGUGAAACCACAAGAAAUUCUACAGGCAUUGAAGAAUCAACUAAUGGAAUGAUUUUAGGGCCAGAAGAUCUGAGUUAUCAAAUAUAUGACAUUUCCGGAGAAAGCAAUUCAGCAAUUUCUACAGAAGACCUAAAAGAAUGCCUGAAGAAACAAUUAGAAUUCUGUUUCUCACGAGAAAAUUUGUCAAAGGAUCUUUACCUGAUAUCUCAAAUGGACAGUGAUCAAUUCAUUCCAAUUUGGACAGUUGCCAACAUGGAAGAAAUAAAAAAGCUAACCACAGACCCCGAAAUAAUUCUUGAAGUAUUGAGAUCUUCUCCCAUGGUAUAAGUUGAUGAGAAGGGUGAGAAAGUGAGACCAAGUCAUAAGCGUUGUAUCGUGAUUCUUAGAGAGAUUCCUGAAACAACACCAGUAGAGGAAGUGAAAGCUUUGUUCAAGAAUGAAAACUGCCCCAAGGUGAUAAGCUGUGAAUUUGCACAUAAUAGCAAUUGGUAUAUCACUUUCCAGUCAGACACGGAUGCACAACAGGCUUUUAAAUAUUUGAGAGAAGAAGUUAAAACAUUUCAGGGCAAGCCAAUUAUGGCAAGGAUAAAAGCCAUCAAUACGUUUUUUGCUAAGAAUGGUUUUCGAUUAAUGGACUCUAGUAUGUAUAGUCAGCCCAUUCAAACUCAAGCACAGUAUGCCUCACCAGUCUUUAUGCAGCCUGUAUAUAGUCCUCACCAACAGUACUCCAUCUAUAGUAUUGUGCCUCAGUCUUGGUCUCCAAAUCCUGCACCUUACUUUGAAACACCACUGGCUCCGUUUCCAAAUAGUAGUUUUGUGAAUGGCUUUAGUUCACCAGGAUCUUAUAAAACAACUGCUGCUGCUGUGAAUAUGGGUCGACCAUUCCAAAAAAAUCGCGUGAAGCCCCAUUUUAGGGCAUCAAGUGGUUCAGAACACUCAACAGAGGGAUCUGUGUCAUUGGGGGAUGGACCAGUAAACAGAUCUGGUUCAAGGAACUUUCCAACUGAACGGCAUAACCCUAUAGUAACAGGACAUCAGGAGCAAAGCUACCUUCCAAAAGAGACUCCAACUUUGCCGAUUGAACAGAAUGGGGAUUAUGGUAGGGGCAGGAGAACUCUUUUCAGAGGUCGAAGACGACGAGAAGAUGACAGAAUCCCAAGACCCCAACCUUCAACACCUGAAGCAAAGGCUCCAACACCAAAGUUUGACUUAUUAGCCUCAAAUUUUCCUCCUUUACCUGGAAGUUCAUCAAGAACACCAGGUGAACUUGUUUUGGAGAGUAGGAUGUCUGAUGUUGUUAAAGGUGUCUGCAAAGAAAAGGAUAAUGAAGAGUUAAGACAAGGGGAUAGUUGCCCAGUGCCUGCAGAGGAUGAACAGACCGACUGCACCGCUGCCCAGCAACUCAACACAAGUACCGGUCCUUCGUGUACAGCUGAGCCUCUUUCAUUGAGCACAACUCAUAUAGAAAAGGAUAUAGUGGAGGAUUCCACUGUUCAGAAGGAUGUUCUCAACUCGACAACUGUAUCAGUUUCUUCCCCAAAUCCUGCAAAGCCAUCAGGGACAAAUACUGCUUCACCAUGUGAUAAUAACGUAAAUGCAGCUGUAACUGUGGCCCUACAGGAACCCCGAAAGCUAAGUUAUGCUGAAGUGUGCCAGAAGCCCCCUAAAGAGCCAUCUCCAAUUCCUGUGCAGCCACUACGAGAACUUCGCUCCAAUGUAGUGUCUCCCACCAAAAUGAAGAGAAAUGGAGCUCCUGAGAAGUCCAUUGAGAAACCACAUGAGAAGCCAGAAGCAAGGGCUAGUAAGGAUUAUUCUGGCUUCCGAGGCAAUACCAUUUCCAGGGGAGCAGCUGGAAAAAUCAGGGAACUGAGACGCCAGUUUGGUCACAGGGCCAUACCUCAGGGAGUUACUCGACGUAAUGGCAAAGAGCAAUAUGUGCCACCCAGAUCACCAAAGUAAAACAAACAAACCAACAAACAAAAACUUCUCUCUCUUCCCAUUAAACUUGAGCCGUGGCUAUAUUGAACUGUUAUGGAGGGGAGAGGGUGACCAGGAAGGAAACAAGAGAAAGUAUAUCCUUAAAUCAUUACAGAUUUUGGAGUUGUGAGCAGUAGAAUCCCAAAAUUCAUCUCUAAAGUGAUUUUAAAAUGCUGGAGGAUUCCAAUCAGUAUAAAUAUAUAUAUAUA